GCUGGCGCAGCCCUCCUGUUUGUUUUUGUGAACUAAAAACCGCCCCCUCAGUGAAAACGAAGCUUUUAUUUACUCACAGAUAAGAAACAGGACAGUGUAAAGCCUCCACAAAAUAGCAUAUUAAAUCUUCUGUGUGAUUUAUCCCGGUUUCAUAUGAGUAAAGGAAAAUUCUGCUAGCUCCUAGGCUAAUUUAUGCAACAAAAAAUGUUAUAGGCUUAUGCUAAUAAUAUUAGCAUGUUGUAUAUGUGAGGAAAAUCUAUCGAGUUGAAGCCAGUUGUUUUGUUGGUGUUAUAAAGGAGCCCAAUUUUGUAACAUCACUUUUGUUAAAUGUUGACACUGUUCCUUAAGCAACCUUUUCCCAGGUGAUGUAUUUUUUUUUAUUACUAAUUUUCAAGUAAUUUUUUUAAAACUUUUUUCCCCACAAUUUCUUGUUGGUUUUUGGGCCAUUUCUUCUAAAGUUGCUCAUUGCCUUCCUCCCGUGUUUUUGAAAGAAAUCAAGCAUGUACUUACUUUUGUAUUUUUUGAACAGCAUCCACUGCUGUGAGUGAAAGUCUGUAACUGUGUGAAUGCUGCCACCUCUUAUUUCAAAUUGAAAGCCAUAGUCUAGCAUUUCAUACAUGGUCCAGCCGUAGGUAUGACCUAGUGGUGUUCCUAUCUAUAGUUAGCUAAUUAAUCUAUAGCCAAGGAAUAGACUCAAGGAAGUGCAGUGUACAGUAUAAGCGUUUUUCGAGAAAGCUGCAAGCAGCAAUACCAUAGGCCAAGCAAUCAUCCCGCUCUAAGCAGACAUGUUUUGGACGUACACUGCACCAGUUCAUUUAACUCAGUUCAUUUUCAGUGGGUGGACCUAGUUUUAUUCCUUUUCUUUUUCACUGCCUGUGUGUGUCCUGAUGUAUUGCAGCCACUUGGGUGGGAGGAGGCUAUAUUUUGGGUAAUGCUGAAGUGGUCUACGAUCAUGGAUAUCUCCUCCUCCCUGGCUGUGAGCGUCUCUGCUGCUGUGGCUAUUAUAUACACGUUAUUGGGCGGACUGUACUCUGUGGCGUAUACUGAUGUCAUCCAGCUCAACUUUAUGGCCUUCAGCUUGUGGCUCUGUGUGCCUUUCAUCCUGUCAAGCCCGACCUCUACAAACAUCACUGUUGCUGCAGUAACCGAGCUGUAUCAGAAGCCAUGGAUCGGCAAGUUGGAGCUGAAGGACGCAGGUUGCUGGGUAGAUGACCUAUUGCUACUGUCCAUUGGAGGGCUCUGCUAUCAGGCCUUCUACCAGAGAAUCCUGUCCACAGCCACGGACGCCCAAGCUAAGAUCACCUGCUAUGCUGGAGCAGUAUUAUGCCCAAUCCUCGCCAUCCCAUCACUCAUCAUUGGGGCAGACCCUUUAAGCCAAUGGUUCCCGACUGAUUGAAACCAGACCACCUACAGUUCACCCAGCCCGUAUGAGCGGGGCAAAGCCGGUAUGAUCUUGCCAAUUGCCCUUCAGCACCUUUGCCCUUUCUACAUCUCGCUGGUUGGUAUGGGAGCACUUGCUGCUGCUGUGAUGUCAUCAGUUGACUCUGCACUUCUGUCUGCUGGCUCCGAACUGGGUCGAAAUAUCUUUGAGAACAUCAUCUAUAAAAGGGCAUCAGAAGCAAUGAUUAUUUGGGUGGUUAGGGGGUCGAUCCUCCUGUGUGGAAUGAUGGCGGCAUGCCUGGCAAUGACAUCGAGUUCAAUCCACCUGUUCUGGAUCAUCAGCGAAGAUGUCAUGUAUUCAAUGACGACUCCCCAGGUGACUUGCACCUUCUACUUAUCUCGGUGGGUGAACCAGUACGGGGCCUGCUUUGGCUUUGUGUUGGCGAUACUGCUGAGAGCUCUGGUUGGAGAACCCUCGAUAGGCCUUCCUGACGUGCUGCCCCUGCCGUGGGACCAGAUACGGGAGGACGGUCACUUCCGUCGCUUGUUCCCUUUUCGUACUGCCAUCAUGCUCAUCACCACAGGGGCUAUUUUAGUAGUUUCACGCCUUGCUGUGUGGCUGUCUGAGAAGGAGCUGCUGAAAAGAGUAAAUGAUGCUGAAACGGACACAAACACACAUAACAUGGCACCGGUCCGAAAAGAUGCGGAUGAAGAGGAGACUGAAUGUCGAACAGACUCCCCUUUGCUCUAAGCAUAAACACUUUCAUACAGCCUGUUGGUGCUCUAAGAGUGAGUUGUGUAUGAUAUGUAAACAACUGUUUUCUCAUAUGACAUAUUGUUACAAAGCUACAUUCCUUGUGGUUUGAUUGAUGCGGACCAUUUCAAGAUACAACUACCACAGCAGGUACAAUAAAGCCCUGUGUCCACCAAACAUGUCUGGUAUGGUACAUUUGGAACCAAAAGUAAUCCUUCAGACAUGGUGCCUAGACCCUAGGUCCACUUGGCGUUUCCAUCGCCAGGAUUGGGAUAUAUGCCGCUUACAUUACCCGGUCAAAAUUCAUAUAUAUAU